CUCCAAUUUGUUAAUUGUAUUUAGUUACGUUUUAAACUUUUAAUUGUAUUGGCCACAGGCCAAUUAUGUGGCGUCCAAAUUUUUAGUUUUUUGACUUCUUGCUAUGAAUAGACGCCGUGAUUCUGCACGGAAUUUAUGUAAUGACCAAACUCAGUUUCAAAAUUAAUCAAAUUUAUUUGCACAAUCAGGAGACGAGGUAAGAUGACAUUUCUGGGGGAGAAAUAUAAAUGACGAUUAGUUUAAAUUUAACGAAAUACACACAUGAUAGAAGUCGCACACACGCCAGACAAUAUUAUUUUGUUUUGAUUAAUUUUAAUUAUUGAGAUAAGGAUCAACAGAGCGCAGAUCUAAUAACAAUGAACAACGCCAGUGUGACAUUCCUGACUUCAGCAAAAUCAAAAAAGGCAAAAACUAAGGCUUCAAAAAGAAAACUUCGAAAGAACUCUGAAAAACACAUUGAAGAAAGGGAUGACGAACUGCCUUGGCCUUUACCAGACGACUCAGCAAUAGCAAUAUACAAUGAAUUGUUGGGAUCCAAUUUCAAGCUUACAAGUUUUGACCCUAGUAAUUUUUUAACGUCAAAACACGGCCAUCCUGUUGGGAAAUUAAAUGCACAAAAGGUGGACAAAUCACUUAAUGGUGUUCAAAAAAUGGUGAAUUUAGAGAAAUAUUUUGGAAGCAAUGGAUUCAACAUGUUAGGCCAACCAAGAUGUAGUCCUAUUCAAUCAACGGCUUCCAAUUCUAAUUAUGCAAUCAAUUUCCCAUGCUGUUCUGCAAAGCCAGUAACUCCUGCUAGUAGUGAAGAUAUGUGCACAUUAUUUCAAAAUUCAUGCCACAUAAGUUCUGGAAUCAAGGGACAACUCCCUCCAAUUGGAGUUUUUUGGGAUAUUGAAAAUUGCUCGAUCCCUAAAGGAAGAAGUGCGCUGGUAGCUGUGCAACGUAUUCGCGAUCGUUUUUUCCCAGGUCAUUUGGAAGCUGAAUUUAUAUGCGUAUGUGAUAUUAGAAAAGAAUCUCCUGGAAUUAUUCAGGAGUUAAAUGAUGCUCAAGUUACCGUAGUUCAUGUGUCAGGAAAUUCGAAAAACGCAGCGGAUGAGAAAUUACGUCAAGCAAUGAGACGAUUUUCUGAUAUUUAUUCAGGCCGUUACUCGUGUGUUUCUAGUCCUUUUCCAGCAACAGUUAUACUCAUUUCUGGCGAUAUCAAUUUUUCGGGCGAUUUAUCAGAUCUCAGACACAGAAAGAAACUUUAUGUCAUUCUUCUUGGGAACAAACAUACACCAGAUGCAUUGCUCUUGUGUGCUCACGAGCAUUAUAGUUUUCAUGAAAUGCUUGGAAAUCUACCUCCUCGUCCAUCUCAUCGAGACAGCUUUAAUGCACAGCAAGCAAGCAUUCCUUUGAAAGGUGGUUUAAAUGCAAUGGACGUGUUGGUCAUGGACCUCCCGUAUUCAAAUUCAAAGACACAGGCUGCCAUCAAAAAUCGACUGAAACAUCUCAGUGAGAAUGCAGGUGGAAAAGUAAUUACGUUGCAAGGAAAGUUUGCACUUCUUCGUUUUCCAAACAAAGAAGCAGCAUUGAGAGCAACGAAGCGAAUGAACGGCGAAGACGUUCUGGGCUCUAAAAUUCGCGUGAUUUAUUCUUCUCAAAUGGAAUUCCACAAUCCAGACUCUGGAGUGGCUGAGAAUUCUUCAACAUUACGGAAUCCUAGAGUUCGCGAACUUACUCAAGGUUCGAACCCACCAUCCUGGAAGCCAACAUGGAGGAAUAAUCGGUCUGAAACGUAUCUCUCUCCAUCAACCCCUGUUGCUGCUCGUAGCUAUAACAUGGUCCCAAUAUCGAAUCAAUUUCCGUCGUUUAACCUUUCCCCUGCUGUGAAUACUGCUUCAAAUUCAUUGUCACCAUCAGUAUUUCAGUCUAAAGAAGAUUCUCCGAACAAACAACGACACACGAAAAGUGCUAAAAUUGUUCCUAUUCAUUCGUCGACGCCCUUAAACAACUCGAUUCGUCCAUCGUUACAGCAGACUGUAAAUUCCGACUGCACACACGAUCAGAGUGCAGACAACAUUCCUUUAAUGAACCAAGAGAACAAUGGUUUGGUGACUGUGAUCCCUCGACUUUUCUCAAUCCCAUUUGCUCCUUCAGAUUCUUCAAAUACCAACUUUACAUCAAAUUUGAAUGGAAUAGAAAAUUUGCAGCCCUUAGCUGGUUCUAGCUUGCUGGGUACUCCAGACUCAUCAUUUCAAUUAAAAAAUUCUCCUUCCAAUUCUACCAUGAGAGGAAAACCACAAGACGCCGAAACAUUCGAUCUUCACGUAACCAACAUUGAUGGGAGCUUGGGAGACUGGAAAGUCAUUCGUCAAACUUUGAUGAACGUUUUUGCGGAACACGUAACCGUAAAAGGAAUUUGGGUUUACAUCAGUCAGGACGGUGCUGUCAGUGCGGUUGUGCGUGUCAACAAUAAGGACGAAGGUCACUUUGCCGUGGCUCAGUUCCAUCGGAGGAAAAUAGGUUCAAAAAGAAUUUUCAUUUCAUUUGAUCAAGGAACAAACAUUGAUCCAGAAACAUUAAAGAAGGAAGUAGCAUCACUCCUGCAAGAUGUUCCUGGUUCGUCCUUGCCACUGUUUAAAUUCAGGGAAAUGUUCGAAAAACGAUAUCGUCGUUCUGUUUCUGCAUCUGAUUUGUACCGUUUGAGGGAGGUUGUCGCAAUAUCUGAAACUGGUCAGAAUGCAAAUACUUAUAACGUCGGAAGAACUAUAUCAUUGUCCCAUGAUUGGAAAGCAAAAGACAAAAAUGUUUCAUUGUAUUGCUCAAUGCAUCCGCCAAAAUCGACAGAGUCUAGCAAAUUCCGAACUGGUUGGGCUGAAAAAGAAGCGGAUAUUCUGCUACCAAAUGUGAUGAUUGAACUCAAACAAUUGACAGUUCGGGUUAAUGCAUUAUUAGCUUCACAUAAUGGGACCCUGCCUUUGAUUAGUUUCCUGGACUGUUACGAGGCAGAAUAUGAAAAAAUGGAGAUUGUGGAAACUGGAUCGGGCGUACCAUUGGAGCACCUUCUCGGUUGUGUCCACGGUGUUGAGAUAAGUAUGGCAGAUAGUGGCAUGAAACGCAUUCAGUUCUGUGAUAAAAAUCACAUUGACCCAGUUGGAAAUUUAACUCAACCACUUGCUACUCAACUUGCUCAAUUUGGGAGAGAAAUGGUGGACCUGUUGAAAACUUUUCCAAGAUGUUCUCUGGCAUUCUCCAAGCUCAUUCCGGCAUACCAUCACCAUUUUGGGAGACAAUGCCGUGUUGCUGAUUACGGGCAUUUUAACCUCAAUUCGCUUUUGCAAACCAUUCCUCACGUUAUUCAAAUUAUGGGAGCUGGCCAAAACCGCAUUCUUUCAUUAUCUCAUAAGGCCCAGAUGAAACGAUUUGCCACAGAUUUAUUGCGUGUUCUCAAGGCGCACGGUGGAGUCAAGAAGCAAAUCAAAACGGAUGAGUUUCCCCAAGGAUUUAGUCAAGUGUUUCCGAAUCGUCAGUUUCUUCCAGAGGACUAUGGUCUCUGCUACUUUUCCGAUCUGAUUACCGAAUUGGUGGAAAACUCGACUUUGGUCGCAUUGGUGAAAGAUGAAGGAGGAAAUCAAAUGCUGGCCGUUCCAAAACGAGAGCAAACCCCACAGGAAAUCCAUCGUACAAGAAUUUUUGCUUCCGAGGUUGUUGAAUUAUUCCGACAUUCAAUACGAUAUGAGAUGCCAUUUUCCAAGUUCAUCCCUGCAUAUCACCAUCACUUUGGGAAACAGUGUCGCGUGUCGGACUACGGGUUUUCGAAACUUGCAGAAUUAUUUGAAGCAAUUGCAGACACAGUAGUCUGCGUCGCUCCACCAGGGCCAUCCUCCGACUUUACUGUUGAUGAUAAAAUGGUACGACUUGUACCUCAGGAACAAGUAAAGGUUGUGGGUGAGCAGCUAAGAAACUUGCUCCAGACGCAUACUGAUGCUGGUAAACAAGUUUUGUUAACCGAGUUGGAUGAGCUGUUCAUUGAUGAGCUUGGAUUUCACCUUCGACCGGAAAUGUGUGAUGCGAAAAGUAUUGAAGAUCUUGUUUUAAACAAGUUGUCAUCAUUCAUAAAGUUGGAUAAUGGAAUUGUGACACCUGUGGAUCAGAAUAAGGUUCGGUGCUUGAUGCAAGAUGUUGUUUUAAUUUUGGAAGAAUCUCCAGGGUACAAAAUGGAGUUGGAACAUUUCUUGAAACGAUUCAACGAUACGUAUAAUACUCCCCUGGAAUUAGAAACAAUUAAAAAACAGUUGAACCACAUGCUAAUACUUUCUGAGCCUGGUGCUGCUUCCACCCUUGAUGAUAAAACAACUAUUGAAUUAGCCCCCAUUCGCAUUUUUGCGAUUGAAAUGUUGGAGAUUCUGGAAGCUGCGGGUGGCAGUCUUGUUGUUUCUAAUGUGGAUGCUGCUUAUUUACAAAAGCAUGGACGACCACUGCGCCCUGCACGGAUGGGAUACCCGUCUAUUGUCGCCUUACUGCAAGCAAUACCUGAUGUUGUCCAGGUAGUUGGAAAGCACCGAUCCAAAAAAGUUUGUGUCCGUGGCUUGGAUACUUCUGCGUUAGCGUCACCUUCCUACCAUGAAACGCCUAGGAGCUCUCGACCACGGAACAUUGACUCCUCCUCAGGCUUUAAGGAUCAGAAUAGAAAUAAUGUUAACCAUAAUAACAGCCGAUGUCACUCGGUGGAUCAAUUCAGGUCAUACAAUAAUCACUUGAAGAUGGAUUCUUCUGGACAAUGGUCAGAGUCUCCUAAGCGAUCUCGUGCUCAGCCCCCACCUCCACUAUAUCUUUCAUCGCCUGCAUUUAUACCACGGGGGCAACAAGGAGGGCCUGAUGUAUUUACUUUUGACCGAGCUCCACAGCUCAGUCCUCCUAUCUAUGACAUGUGGAUGCAUGGAGAGUCCUUGAGCCCAGGAUCACCUCCCGUGUCUCCUCCAGUCGUCUGGACUUAUCACCCAAUUGUAUACCCACCAAAUACUCCUCCAACAAAUCAGGCGAAUAUAAUGGUCCCAACUUUUUCAUUCAACGGCGCCUGGAGCCCAGCCAUGACAUCAACAUGUUAUGAUCAACGGAUGCCAGCACAAACUAAUGGGGCUGAAUAUGGCUACUCGGAACAAAUUCAGCAACAAACUCGUCUCAGACAUGGAAUGGAACGCCUGGGGCUCGGACUAGGAAUGGAUGGAAGAAAUGACGCUUAAAAAACUUGAAUGAAUAGUAUGUACCUUUAAUGGAAUGAGUUUCUAACACAUUCCCAUAUAUAUCAUACUUGGUAUUUAAAUACUUUCAUAUUCUCAGGAUUUUGUGUUUUGAUUAUUACAUCCAACAGUAUUUCAAUUAAUGCAGAACAUGCAUUGCACCAUAUAAAUAUAUUAUUUUGAAACUUUACAAUUUCUGAUUUAAGAUGACGGAUGUGUUUGAUAAUACUUCGUAGGAGGGGAGAUGUGUAGUGAAUAGGGUAGACUCGAAAUAGAUAGUAGUAUUUGUCAUAAUUUUAAAACUCUUAAUUUAAUUUGAUGCUAUAUCAAUCACAGCUAAGAGUUUUCAUAGCUGAUACAUAUACAAUGUUCUGGUGGAAAUGAGUAAGUAAUCUUUCAUAUAGAAUUGAUUUACGAAAAAGCCUCACGGUAUAAAUUAUUAUAAUAAUUUUCUCCGUGGGUGAUGAUGAUACUGAAAAAAUAUAGACAACAAGUAUGGUACUAUGCACUACAAAAAUAGUACAAACGAUUGACUAGUUCUCGCCAAAUAUACUAGUCCAAUAUAUAGAUUGUCACAUAGUUUUGGUUCAUUACUUAAUGUUUGUGGUGUUUGGGAUUAAAGCUUUAUCCAGUGUUCUGUAGUAAAUAAAGUAUAGUUGUAACUGA